GCUGUGACCUGAUCUCUCUGGGUGGAGUUCGAGCUGGGGGAGGUCACUGAACAAUGAAGCUACUGAAAUUCUCCUCAGAAAGCAUUCGUCAAAAGAACAUGAAGCUGUCUUUAAUCCUUCUGUUUCUCCAGCUGUGGGGGUGUGUGGAAGUUUCUUUGUCACAAAACGUGUGUUCAGAGCUCCCAAAUGUUCCUCACGCUCAUGUGUCAGAAGGAACCAGCAAAGCUGUGUACCAGGAAGGAGAUGUGAUACAUUUUUCUUGUGAAUCUGGUUACAUAUCAGAUCAGAUCUCGAAAUUUGUAUGCACAGCUGAUGGUUGGCUGGUUGUCCAUCAGGGAAAGUGCUACUCAUGUUCAACGCUUCCAGAUGUUCCCCAUGCCCAAGUAACACAAGAGACAAGAACAUCUCAGUAUCAAGCAGGACACAUGAUACAUUUUGCUUGCGAACCUGGCUAUACAUCAGCUCUCACCAUCAAAUACGUAUGUACAACUGAGGGCUGGCAGCCACUCCAAAGGGGGUCGUGCUACCUUUCAUCUUCCAGAUGUGACCCUCCUCCUACAGUUCAAGGGUUAACAGUGAAAGGUUUACCAGUAAAUUGUAUUCCCAUACGUCCCAAUCACAUCCUCACAUUCAGCUGUGAUGGUCCUGGGAAGUAUCUGAAUGGAAUUUCUGUGCUGAUAUGUGGAGAAGACGGACAAUGGAAUAAUCCAUUCCCGACUUGCAUAGAUCGAUCUUGUAAAAUCGGUGUUAUGGAUCCUCAUCUCUACGUAGCUGGAUUAUCACCAUCAAAUGAAAUAAUGGCGACUGGACAUAAAUUGCGUUUUCUUUGCAGCAAUACACGUGUACUAAUUGGGUCUACAGAAAUUGAGUGUUUAGAAAAUGGACAAUGGAAUUCCCCCUUUCCUUCUUGCUCUGAGAAAUGUAGAGUCCCUGAAACACCAGCAGGUCUAACAAUCACCACAGAUGUAACAGACGAUCAAAUGAAAAAAGGACAACAUCUAACAUUUGCUUGUGAAAACAGUAAUCACAUCAUCAAAGGGAAUGCAACGCUUGAAUGUUUGGAAAAUGGACAGUGGAGCAAUCCUCUUCCCACAUGUGAAGCUGCCAAGCAAUGUAGGACGCCACCACGUCUUUCAGGUGGACAGACCAAAACAGCGACUAGAAACACGUACAGACACAAUGAAAAGGUCGAAUAUGUGUGUGACAGAGACUACGGCAUGGAGGGUGGGCCGUUCAAAACCUGUGUCGAUGGUGAUUGGGUUGGAGAGAUGAGAUGCCGCCGUGCCCAGGGUUGUGGGAGGCCACCACCUCUUUCAGAUGGAGACACCAAAACAAGUACUAAACAUCUGUACCAACAUAAUGAAAAGGUUGAAUAUAUCUGUCAGCGUUAUUACGUCAUGAAGGGUGGACCGUUCAAAACAUGUAAUCAUGGUGAAUGGACUGGAGAGAUUAGAUGCCUCCAACCCUGCACUGUGAAUAGAGACGACAUGAACAGACAUAAUAUUCGGUUCAGAUUUUCAAGAGAUGAUAAACUGUAUACAGAACAUGAUGAUGAAAUCGAGUUUACGUGUACCAGAGGAAGACCCGUUGGGACACUGGGAAUGCGUCAGAAGUGUGAACAUGGUGUGGUACAUUUGCCGACUUGCCAGUAACGCUUUUGUGUACAAGACUAGAUAAACACGAGUACACCAAUGUGUCAAUAAUUGAAGAGCAGAUUAAAGACAUAGACCAGUGAAGUACCAGUGCUGUAUGUGGUCAUUUCAAUAAAACGUAAUAAAUGCUGA